AUGCUUUUCAAACUUUCCCUUCGGAGCAGUGAGCCUCCACCACCAGCUGAUAAGCACCAGCUUGUUAAUAAGCUGCCAGUAUUACAUCCCCCUCUUCAAGGGCAUUUCCAGGCAAAAGCUUCCACCACAAAGCUCUUUUCUCUCCAGGAGUGUCCUUAUAGCUCAUGCACUGAAAUUCCCCAGAGGUUGCUCAUCAAAGGAUUUCCAGCCCUGUUCAAAGACGGCGGCCCGGCUCCGGGACGGCCCGGGGCGGGCGGGCACUCACCUCGGGCGGCGCGCGCGGCGGCGGCGGCGGCGGCGGCGGCGGCGGCGGCGGGCGCUCCUGGGCCGGCCCGGGCGGUCGCGGCGCGGUCCCGCGGGCCGCAGCGCGGGCGCUACUCUCGGGCCGCCGUGCGCCGCGCCGCCUCCUCGGCCACUGCCGGCGGCUCCCCCGGCGGGCGGGCGGGCCCCGCGCGGGCCCCGCCUCCGCCGCGCCCGCCCCCCGCCCCCCGCCCCCGCCCCCGCGCCGGGGCCUCGCGGGCUGGGCGCGCUACUCGGGGCCGGCCCGCCGCCGCCGCCGCUCGCUGGGGGCCGCCUCCCGCGGCGGGCCGGGGCCGCAGGGCCGCCGCGCAGGCUGCGUCGGGGGCCCGCUCGGCCGAGCCGGCCCGCCCCGGCGGCCUCCACCUAAACCUGCGCGCGGACAAAGAGGCCACCGCGGCGACCCCGGUGCACUCGGGCCGUUUCACGUCGAGCCGAAGCCGGGCUGGGCGGAAACGGAGGUGCCCCUCACCGCGCCGAGGAGCUUCUGGGUGGACCCCGAGCCGAGCGCAAGGCUGCUCCUGCCCCGGUGCGGCCCUUCCGAGCCCUGCGCCAGGCGCCGGGAUGCAGGAGCUGCUCGACCCGGCGGGGCGGCGAGAGGCGAGGCCGCCGACCCGCACCGCGGGAAGACGCGCCGGGCCUCGGGGGACGAAGCCGCCGCGGCCCCCUGCGGAAAGGGGAUUGUCCGGGGAAGACCCUUCCCGCCCGCCGCUCCGAGAGGGCGCCCCCGGGGAAGCGCCCCCUCGGGCCCUCACGCCUUCGCCCAGCGGCCUUCCUCUGAGAAGACCCCGGCUGCUGCUCCAGCACUCCCACGAGGCGUACCCGAGAGCUGGCUUACUGAAUUCGUGUUCUACUUUUCAGUCAUGCGGAGGUCUUUGUAUCUUGCUCGCCAUCCAAGAGCUGGAAUGA